AUGGGAAGACCAAAUAGGGAAAUUCUUAGUGGUGGUAAACGUUACAAAGAUGCCAAAAAGUUUAAAAGCAGAGUCAGUGAAGUGGUUUUCGAUAAAGAGAAGCGUAAAGAUUACCUUACUGGGUUUCACAAGCGUAAAUUAGAAAGAAAAAAGAAGGCACAGGAUUACUUGGAGGAACAAGCGAAAAAGGACAGACUCGAGGAGAGGGCCAGAAUUCGUGAAGAAAGGAAAUUACAGGUACAGAAGAAGUUGGCAGAAAUGAAGGAAGCGAUGGAGUUGAAUCCAUUUUUGGAAAAGGAUCAGGAAGGGAAUAGUAGUGAUAACACCAGCGAUGACGACAGUGAUAUACUGACAGAGAAAAAUGUUGGAUUUGAGGAAGGCGAUAAUGAAUCAGGUACUGAAAUUGAAGAACGAAAUGGUAAAGAUGAGGAUGACCAAGGAAAUGAUCGGGAAAGCAACAAAAUGACUACAGGAAUAUUGAAAAAGCAGAUCUAUGAGAUCGAUAAUGAUUCUGCUCCUGUCUCUGGAACGUCAGAGGUUGUAAUUGAAAGUUUGGACAAUCCUAAUACGUUCGACCUCGAUGCGGUUACAAAGAAAAUGAAUGUUGAUCUAUCAAAGACGGAUGACGUUUUGAGCAGUUCAAUAACGAGAGCCAAGAAAUACGCUAGGCUUAUGGGAAUGAGUGACUCACCAGAGGAAAAAGAAAAAGUGUCGAAACCUAAAAAAAAGAAGUUCAGGUACUUAAGCAAGACUGAGAGGAAGAUGAAGAAUAUGAAAGAAAAAAAUAAAUCUUUCAAAAAAAGAAAGAAGGAAUAG